UGUGCGCGUGUGGGGCGUUUCUUCCCCCAGCGGUCCUGAAGCUGAAGACUGAAACCCCUUAAGCGAACCGUGGCACGCCUUUGGCAAGGCCAGGGCGGCCACUGCCGGUCCCAGCCUCCAGGUGAGCGAGUGAGCGUGGACGGCGGGAGAUGCGGCCCCUGGACGUGGUGGAGCUGGCGGAGCCCGAGGAGGUGGAGGUGCUGGAGCCCGAGGAGGACUUCGAGCAGUUCCUGCUGCCGGUCAUCAGCGAGAUGCGCGAGGACAUGGCGUCGCUGACGCGCGCGCGCGGGCGGCCGUGCGGGGCCGGGCGGAGCGGCGGCAAGCUGUGGGAGAUGGACAAUACGCUCAUCCAGACGAAGACGCAGGUGGAGGCCUCGGAGGAGAGCGCCCUGAACCACCUGCAGAGCGCGGACGGCGGCGCCGCGGCCGCCAGGGCCGCCAGGGCCGAGAGGGCCGAGGAGAAGGCGCGGGAGGCGGCCAAGAUGGCCGAGAUGCUGGUGGCGCUGGUGCGGCGGAUAGAGAAGGGCGAGUCGUCGUGAGCCGCGGCGCCUGUCUCCCAGCGCCGCGACCGCCCCGUCCUGGGUGACAAAAGCCGAGACCCCAUCUGAAACAGAGCAGAGCCGACCCGGGCUGGGGCGGGGCUCGGUGGGGCAGCGCCUGCCCGGCAAGUGCGAGGCCCCGAGUUCCGACCCCAGCACCACCAAAAAACCCCAAAAAACAAAACAUUGGAACAGAGUUGGGGUCGGGAGAAGAAAUGCGUGCCAGUUUUGUUGGGCCCUUCCCCACGCGGAGUUACGGAAAAGUCAAAGGGAAUGUCUUUUUGUGAAACACGCAACUAACAGGAAGGUCGCCCAAGGUAGCACUAAGGGGACUGGGAGGACCACAGAGCAAGGUAGCGAGGGCAUCGGGAGAGAGAACGAUGCGAAGCCACACGCUUGCUAGAAAUCUCCGAUCGUUUCUUUAGAAGGCAAGAACUCACGUGUCCUGAUGGCAGGUUUCUCCUGUUUGUGCGUUAGGUUCAUGGCUAAUGGACUGACACCACGAGGGGACCGAGAGGGUUGUCGCUUUCUCUGUUUUUGUGUGCUUUUUCAUUCCCUUAUAACAGGCUUCUUGUGGUCCGUAGUGGUGACCACGACCUGGGUUUCAGUCCUCAGAUGUGUUUGGUUCUGGAAAGAUAGCUUGUGGGAGGAAUACUCUCAAAAGGAACGCGGCGGCUUAAUCAAAAGUUGUUUUCAGUGUGCCCGUUAAACAGCUUUGCUGGUUUUGUUUGUUUUUAAAUGUGAGGCAUGGCCUUCCUUGCCUUUUGCUGUUAUCUGUGUGACUUGACUGAUCUCUGGAACUUUGGGACCUGAAGACUUGAGUGUGGCAGUGGAAGGUCCUAUCUGCCUGGUUGUAGCUGGGGAGGAGUGUGUGGGUGAGAUUGCCGAGUGGAAAGCUGGGAAGAGCCACAAGACAGUUGGAGAUGGAAGGUGGCUGUGUACGUGAUUUGGAACUUUAGUUCUGUAAGACGGGGAGAGCUAUACUUUUUGGUACACUGUCUGACGUGUGUUGUCAACCUGUCAGGUAGGUUUAUGUAGACAACCUACCUGAUGCUGUACAGCAACAAAGUUUGAAUAGGGAAGCAGACUACAUGUUACCGUUGUCACACUGUCACAUGUCAUGGGGCUUCAGAGAAAAGCAUCAGAGACAAUCUCCAAAGAGCCUGGAGUGGCUGCAGGAAGGAAGAAGCAUCAUCUGGAAGCUUCUGGUCAGGAUAGAGGACUCGAGCAGCAUUGGAGGUCAGCAUCAAGCUUGCACCAAGUGUUCAUUUGCCUUGCAAAACAAAGGCCUAGAGUUUUAGGCCUUAGGUUAAAAAAUGAGUUUUCUUCAGAUGGCCAAAGCCCUUGUGUGUAUUAUUAAAAAGUUCAUUUCUAAACUCUUGGAAAUGGGUGUUCUUCUUUGAGUCCUCAGCGUCAGUGAAUGGUUUGUAGUUUCAAGGCUCUCAGUAAGCCUCUACUGUGAGAGGCAGUUGUUUCUGGAAGGUGCCAUGGCAGUGAGGUGACAACACACAGUUGUUGAGAAGCGACCUCUCCAAGCCUCCAGCUUUGGCAGCUGAAGUGUGCUCGUCCAAGGGACUAACGGUGAAGGUGAGGCAUGGAUUACGCCAGGGUAUGGGGCAGAAAAGGAGAGAAAUGACAGUACGCUGUGCCUGACUGUCUCGGGAGCUCCGGGGAGGGAGUUAGCCCUGCACAGGGGUGUCUGAGAAAGCUUUUCAGAGCCAGUAACUUAAAGGAGGUCUUGAGUGCUGAGUACACCUCCUGUAAGUAGGAAGGAAAACCAAAGCGCCCAGUGUAAGCAUAGGGAGAUGGCUGCUGAG